AUGACAUUUUGUAACAAAUCUAAAAUUAUUUGUUCGAAUUCACAUUUGUGUGCAAUUUCUAACAAAUUUUCUUACUCAAAUGUUGCUUCGAAUCAAUUUCUCCCAAUAUCCUAUACUACAAACCAACUAAAUUCACAAAUUCGUCAAAUAUCAUAUUCAUCGUUACUAUUAUCGGACAAAUCAUGUUCCAAAAUCGAAGAAGCUGUAAACACCGCCAAACUUAAUUGUCAAAAUAAGAAUAGCGGUGAUUGUGAUACAAAAAACCCUAAAAAGUCAAUUAAACAGAAAAUUAUUGAUGAACUAAAUCAUUAUUAUUAUGGUUUUAAACUUCUGGGACUCAAUACGAAAAUUUCCUCUAAAUUGGCUAUUAAAAAAAUGAGAGGCAUUGAAGAAUUGACAAGAAGAGAACAUAACUUAUUAAUUCAAACUAUGGCCGAUCUUUUCCGAUUAGUACCUUUCUCCGUGUUCAUUAUCGUUCCAUUCCUCGAGUUUACUUUGCCUAUUUUUAUAAAGAUUUUUCCGGGUAUGUUACCGACUACAUUUGAAACAAAGGAUCAGAAGGAAGCAAAACUCAAGCAAUCUCUUAAAGUGAAACUCAAAAUGGCUACAUUUCUUCAAGAGACUUUAGACAAUAUGUCCGUGUGUGGUAAAGGGCAUACCAGUGAAUUUGCUAAAGAAUUUGCGGACUUUUUCGCAAAAGUAAGAAAAGAAGGCGUUGUAAUACCAGCUGAUGAAAUACUUAAGUUUUCAAAGCUAUUUAAAGACGAAAUUACUCUUGACUCAUUACCCCGACCACAAUUAGUUGCACUUUGUCGAGUCCUCGAAAUACAACCGAUUGGGACUUCAAGCGUUUUGAAAUAUCUCUUAACUCUUAAACUUCGAGCAUUAACAGUCGACGAUAAGAUGAUUCAAAAAGAAGGCGUUUGUUCUCUAACGUUGAGCGAACUUCAAGAUGCCUGUAAGUCUCGUGGUAUGGGCGCUUAUGGUCUUAAUGAAAGUCGCUUGAAACAACAGCUAACCGAGUGGCUAAACCUAUCACUCAAUGAAAGAGUUCCUCCCUUAUUACUUCUUCUCUCUAGAGCAUUUAGCCUGACGCCUAAUAUUCCAAAUAAUGAUUUAUUAAAAAAAGCAAUUUGUGCUUUGCCAUAUUGUGUUGGAGAAUCUACCGAGACGGAUUUGUGUGAACGUUGUGGAGCUAUAGAUAACAAGGCGAAAUUGAAAGCAAUCGGAGAAGAGGAACGUAAGGCAAAAGAAGAAAUAGAAGAAUGCAUGAGAGAAAAGAAAUUACAGCUAGAUAAUGCCGACAAAAAUGCUUCAAAUAAUACCUGCAAUAUAGUUGAUAAGGCUCCUGUUUUAACAGAUACAACUGGAAUUGGAAAAUUAACAUCAAAUGAUUUAAAAAUAUUAGAAUGUGCUAUAGAAAAUAUGUGUUCAGAACAAAAUAAACUUAUUGUUGAAAAAUCCGUAAUCACUAAUUUGAAGACUGAACUUAAUUGUUACCAAAAACAUAUAAAUGAUCUUCAAAAUGUAACAAAAAAUAUGGAUACGGAACAAGUUAAAGAAUCGAAGGCAGCUAAACAAUUAUUUAAAGUACUGAAUAACAAAAUAAAUGACAUAGAUCAGGUAUUCAAAGAAUUGGAGAAAACAGAAUUAGUCGGCACAACGAUUACUAUCGAUUGUACAUCAAUCAAGAUUGACGAACUAAUCGCAGUCGUACGAAAAUUACAAAAUGCACCUGAUGAACACAAAAUACAACAAAUAAUUCAAGUUUUAUCUAAAAUUGACAACGACCAUGAUGGUUUAAUAAAAUUAGAUAUUUUGUUGAAAGUGCUGCAUUUGAUUUGUAAUGAAAAUAUGAAUUUAUCUAAUGAAACAAUGGAUAUGAUAACACAAUUAGUUGUUGGAGAGGAAAAUAUGGACAAAAAUAAACGUUCAUAA